GGCAGUCUCUCAACCUCUUACAGUCCUCCCUCCAUAUCCCUUCCGCCAUUUUCCACUUUCCUGUAAAAUGUCCCCUUCGAUGACCGGUAAAGGGAAGGAGUCCGGGACUGCACGCGUUCUCGGUUCAGGGACUUCUGGCGUCGCUGAACUGCUCGUAUUCCAUCCGGUCGACACUAUUGCCAAGCGACUAAUGAGCAACAAGGCUAAGGCUUCUUCAGCAACAAUUUCUUCUAUUAUAUUCCGAGACCAGGCCACAGCUCCCCUCAAUCGGAAAAUGCUCUCUUUGUUUCCCGGUCUCGGCUACGCUGCAGGCUAUAAAAUCUCACAACGGAUAUACAAGUUCGGUGGACAGCCUUGGUUCAAUGACCUUCUUAAUCGACACUACAAAGAGAGUUUCACCAGCGCCUUCGGUGAGCGAAAGGGAAAAAGCAUCAUGCAGGCGACAGCCGGAAGUUUGACAGGUAUCGGUGAAGUGGUCUUGCUCCCCCUGGACGCUCUCAAGAUCAAGCGCCAAGUGAAUCCUGAGGCCUUCCGUGGUCGCGGAGUCAUCAAAAUUUUUCUCGAAGAGGGGACAACAUUGUACAGAGGCUGGGGCUGGACAAUGGCGCGCAAUGCCCCCGGAUCUUUCGCCCUCUUCGGCGCUUCGGCGGUAACAAAAGACUACGUUCUCGGCGUUUCCGACUAUUCCAAAGCAACUUGGACCCAAAAUUUCAUUGCAUCAAUUGCAGGAGCUGUCGCAUCUAUCACAGUCGCUGCCCCUCUGGACGUCGUGAAGACUCGUAUUCAGAACGUGAACUUUGAGAACAAGAUGUCUGGCGUUACAGUUGUCAAAGAACUGAUGAAACACGAGGGUCCUGGAGCACUGUUCAAGGGAUUGACGCCCAAAAUCCUGGUCGUAGGUCCUAAACUCGUCUUCAGUUACACGAUCGCCCAGUCCCUCAUCCCUUUGUUUGCAAAUUACGUCUGAGAUGCCCACGUUCGCUCAACGAUCGACGGUCUUUACGAGGUUCCCAUUAUCUGUUGUUGCGCAAGCAGACAUCUAUAGAGUUUCUUACGUCAUUUCCACCUUGUCUCUCGCUCACGCCCCACUCAAGAUAUCAUACUAAUCGAUUACUCGGAGCCUAAUAUAGUUUCGCUUGCGAUUCC